AUGCAUGUACCCUUAGCGUUAUCCAAAUUCCCAGGAGGCAUGUACGAAUGGUUUGGGGAGCAUUGGUCAGCCCUCAAAGCCAGAGCAUUGGAACACUUGAACAUCACGAUCAGGAAAUUUGAAGACCCUCUUACAACUGAUAUCAAAAAAAUCAUGGAGUGUUGCGCAUCUUAUCAGUAUUAUGAGACGCGAAAAUUCGUGCUGGGUAGAAUGUUGGAUCAGCCAACAGAAUGUUUAUAUAAACAAGUGAUGAGAUGUUAUUUUUUUGUCCUGGACAUGUUCCUUAGGGACCCUCACGUUUUCGUGAGCAAGGAGGGCAAGAAGCAAAAUCUAUCUGAGAUGGACUAUAUAGUCAAGAUCAUCGGCCCUAUACUGGACAUAAUUUUCUCUGAUGUUCAGCAACUACUUCAACUCAAAUGGAUUAUUUGUCGAGAGAAGAACAUCGAGCUUAGCCAUUCCGAAUGUGCACGAAUGAUCACGCGCAUCAAGAUCACUAAAGAUCGUAGCAAAUCUCUGAGGACAAACAAGCGUGUUUUUGACAAAUACCUUAUCAAUAGUCUAUCCGAGGAAGCAGUCGAAGAUUCCGUAGUAAUUGGGCUGCAAUUUGCUGAGCUCUACGGUCAAAUUAUUGGUAUAGAUUUACUCGAUGAAGGACUGUACUUCGGCUUUGAGGGUCCCACGUUUGCAUUUCCAAAUCAACUCUGUAAUUUGUCUUCUUUGCAAGAAACGCUGGAG